UAAGAGAGCUAGAGAGGAAAAGCAGGGUGAAGAGAAUCAGAGAGAGAAAGGGUGCAGGGGUGGGGAGGCUGGAACAAUCAGAGAGGGAGUGAGAGAAAGAGUUUUUGAGAGAGAGGGAGGAAUAGCAGGAGGAAGAGAAUCAGAGAAGGAGAGGGUGGGGAGACAGACAGUGAAAAUUCAGAGAGGGAGUGAGAGAGAGAGAACGAGUGCAGACAGAGUGAGGAAAAGCGUGGGAGAUUGCCGGGUGUGAGAGUGAGAGAGAGAAUGUGAGAGGAAGCGGAGAGUGGGAGAGACAGGGAGAGGGGAGACGGGGUGUAGGGUUACGCUGUGAACUCCUGAUCUUUGCCUGGGUGUGGUGGCGUGUGACCAUGAGGCUCUCGUACCUCUUCACCUUCAUCCUCCUGUUUGGAAUGCUGGGGCUGCUCUUCCUCAUCCACAUUCAGGACCUGCUGGAGGUGAACCACCAGGAGACCACAGAAAUCGGGGCUCCGCUCAUUCCCGGAGAGACACAGGGUGAGUGUGACUGGAGCUACAAUGCAGAGAGCCCUGCUGCCCAGCCCAUCGCGACCCCUGACCAUCUGACGUGGAGCUCCAGCCACAGGGCCAUGCCCCGCCGGCGACAGGCCCUGCCUCAGAACCCAUCCUUCCGCGGACAGCAGCGCAGGCGUAGGAGGAAGGCAUCGGACGGGAUGAGGCAGACGGCGCUACAGUGGCGUCCUCACCACCACCAGUGGACACCUGACCAGGGACCCGCCAGAUACCACCAGCUGCGGGAGCGGCGAUCGGCCCCUCGCCUCCUGGGGCCGCAGGGGCGCCGCGGGCUUGGGGACGUACAGCAAGGCCGCCGGCAGUGGGUGGAAGAAGCCUGUCUCAAGUACCGGGGCGGUGGCAGCUCCCUGGGUCCCGGUCUGCUCUCACCGCACCACGUCUCCAGGAUCUAUGUGGAAGACCGGCACCGGCUGCUGUACUGCGAGGUGCCCAAGGCGGGAUGUUCCAACUGGAAGCGGGUGCUCAUGGUGCUGAGUGGCCUGGCCAGCUCGCCGGCUCACAUCGAGCACCAGGUCGCACACUACGGCAACUCGCUGCGUCGCCUCGACAGCUUCGACCGGGCCGGCAUGGCCUGGCGGCUCCGCACCUACACCAAGGCGCUGUUCGUGCGCGAGCCCCUUGAGCGCCUGGUCUCGGCCUUCCGUGACAAGUUCGAGCAGCCCAACGCCUACUAUCACCCAGUCUUUGGCCGUGCCAUCAUUGCCCGCUACCGGCCCAACGCCACCCGCCAGGCACUGCUCUCCGGCUCGGGAGUCACCUUCCCCGAGUUUGUGCGCUACCUGCUAGACCCGCGGCGGCCCCUCGGCCUGGACAUCCACUGGGAGCGGGUCGGUCGUCUCUGCAGCCCCUGCCUCAUCCGCUAUGACUUCAUCGGCCAUUUCGAGAGCCUGGGCGCAGAGGCCCAGGCGCUGCUGCGGUUGGUCGGUGCCCCUGCCAACCUCACCUUCCCCCGUUCCAAGGACCGACACCGAGGGGUGGAGCGCACCAGCCUGCGUCUCAGCCGCCGCUACCUCGCCCAGCUGUCGGCCGACCAGCGUCGCCGUGCCGAAGACUUCUACCUUGCCGACUACACCAUGUUCAACUACACGCGGUCCUUUGGGGCAGGGCUGGGCUGA